CCUCUCCCAGUACUCCGCGGAGCUGAACUCUUCAGCAGUGCGAGUUGCCCGAGUGUCAUCCACCAUGGCUGCGCAAUCUGGAAGAUCUGUGGUCUUCGUGACUGGAAACGCAAAAAAACUCGAAGAGGUCAUUCAGAUCCUCGGAGACACAUUUCCUUUAAAACUAGUGUCGAAAAAGAUUGACUUGCCUGAGUACCAGGGAGAGCCAGACGAGAUUUCCAUACAGAAGUGUAAAGAGGCUGCACGACAGGUUGACGGGCCAGUCAUAGUGGAGGACACCUGUCUAUGUUUCAAAGCAUUAGGUGGUUUACCUGGUCCUUACAUAAAAUGGUUCCUGGAUAAACUCAAGCCAGAAGGCCUGUUUAAACUUCUAGCCGGGUUCGAAGAUAAAUCAGCGUGGGCUCUCUGCACUUUUGCUUUCUGUCCUGGGAAAGACGAACCAGUACAGCUCUUCAGAGGGAAAACUGAGGGGCACAUUGUGGAACCCCGCGGACCUCGAGACUUUGGGUGGGAUCCAUGUUUCCAGCCAAAGGGAUAUGACAAAACCUACGCUGAACUGCCCAAAGAAGUGAAGAAUUCAAUCUCUCACCGCUACCGAGCACUGGCUGCCAUGUCUGAGCACUUCUCUCAAACCAACGAUACCUCACCACAGGGCAAGAAGAAGAAGGAGCAGGAGGAUUAAGAACAUUUAGCUCCAGGGUCCUGAUGAGAGGAGCAGACGACUCUGGUGCAAAGACUGGCUCCUGGACCUGAACAUGGAAGAUGAUUGCCAGACUUCAAGUCACUAGAGGUCAAAGGCAUCGCUAUGGAGUCACCCCUCCUUUUCCCCCUGGUGACAUAGAGUAAACAUAGUUACCCUCAUUGUGCUGUAGCAUUCAGUGGGGCCCCUCACAGGCAAUACUGCAUUUCAUAGAAUUAAAACGAUUUACAAUGUCUUCCAAAAUUAAAAGAACAUGCUGUUGUU